AAGUAGAUGAAACUGAUCCCACAAAUAAGAUUACAAGGAUUUCAAGUAGGGGAUCUCGCUGGCUAAGAAACCAUGCAGGCCACCACAACCAAAAGCUUGGCAAAUGUCUGGGUGUUUAGCCCCUUGUUGAAGAUGGGUCAACAGAUGCAGAACCUUUUGUUUUUUAAUUGGAUAAAGUUGGUGUCCAGCAAUUUUUCGGAUACUUGUAUUUGGUCUCGCACGAACUCAUCGGAUUCGCCGAGUGUGCAUAUCCGCUAACUCAAUGCCACGCAAAUUGCAAAGAGGGACAUGAUAACAAAAUAACUAAUAGCUUUGACGGUUGCUAGGAUAUUUUUGACAUACGAAUCAAAUAUUUGUUAUAACGUCAUCUUCCUGAUUAAUUUAAAUAAGGUAGUUGUUCUGCCGUUGCUUGAUUUUGAAUGUUAUGCAGCGAUUUACGUGGAAUGAAUUGGCAGAUAUGCAUUUAACCCUUGGUGAAUCCAGAGGAAAUGCUGUAUUGGCUCGCGCGAUUUAUGCUGAACGUUUUCCCAAUCGAAUGGUCCCAGAGAGAAGAUUUUUUUCUUAAGGUCGAUAGGAGUCUACGUGAGAGAGGAUAAUUACAAGUGAACCCAGGCAUAAGAGUUCGUGCAAGACCUAUUCGUGAUAAUAUUGAGGAGGAAAUACUUCACAAUAUUGAAGAGGAUCCAAAUACAAGUACUCAAAAAAUUGCUGAUCACCUGAGGAUAAGCCAAACGUUGGUUUGGAAAGUUUUGCAUGAUAACCACCUUUAUCCAUUUAAAAAACAAAAGGUUCAGCAUCUUUGCCCCAAGACUAUGCUAAUAGGUUCGCGUUUGCCACUUGGUAUCUUCAACAAGGGGCUGAACAUCCAGACAUUCGCCAAGCUAUUUUGUUUAGUGACGAAUCAACGUUUUGCCGAGAGGUACAUUCCAACCCAAGAAACAAUCAUGUCCGCUUCUCUUUGUUGGUGGAAAUUGUAACAGAGUGUUCCUAAAACAUUUACGUUUAAAGUUUGCAGCUUACUACAAGGUCCAGUGUUUCCUGAAGCCGGGCAGUUCAAGCAGUGAGGUGAUUAGGACAGCAUCAAAUUUAGUUAAGGACUUUACGAAAGAAGAUUUUUUAAUAGUAAUGUUAAAUGGAAUUUGUUCUUCAUCUGAUGUUUUAAAAAAUUUAAUUCAAAAUCAUGUUGAUACAAACACUUUAGUGAUGAAAAGCCCUUAUACUUAUUUAAACCAUAAUGUUAUCUAUAAUAGUAAUAAGGCCCUUUAUCGUACUUUUCAUGAGAAUAAUAUUAAUCUGUGUGGGAUUUUGGAGUCUAAUCACGCCAGUAACUUUGGUUCAGACUUGGCAUCAUUAUUACAUGCACAUAUUUUCAAAUAUUUUAAAAUUAAUAUUUCAUCGAAUAAAUUGUCUUUGAAUCAUCAAAUUAAUGAGUCUGAACUAGUUACUGAUCGUGAAUUGGAUUCUUCUUUUUUAUAGACAUGUCCACGAAAGUUGAGUCUCAUUCAUGUUCAUAUUCUACUAGUAAAAUUGAAAUUAACUCACUUACUUAAGUCUCUUUAAUCUUAAUAUACAAUCCCUAAGAAACAAGAUGGAUGAGCUUCAUCUUUUGCUGGACACAUGUAAUUUUCCUGAUUUUGUACUUCUGACUGAGCACUGGUUGAGGCCUAGUGAAUGUUUUUUAAUAUCUGAUUAUCUUCCUAUAUCAAAUUUUUGUCGUCAACAAUCUAUACAUGGAGGAACCAUGAUCUUGGCUAGGCAAACAAUUGAAACGAUUUUUUGUAAUAUUGAUAAGUAUGAUAAUCUUCUGUUAGAGAAUGUUUUUGAAUUCUCUCUUUCUUUUUGUAAGCGUUUUAAUUUAUAUAUUCUUUGUGUUUAUAGGCCACCUACAGGAGAUAUUGCUAUGUUUCUGGACAAACUUGAUUCUAUUUUAUCCCAGUUGUCCCUACACUCUAAGGUUGUAUUGGCUGGUGACUUUAAUAUCAACUACACUGAUGAAACGUUGCCACGUACUUCUCUUUUAAGUAUUUUAAAUUCUUACGACUUGAAAAUGCACGUUCUUUCUCCCACACGAAUAACUUCUUCAUUUGCAACUACAAUUGACUAUUUCUGUACAAAUUUUGAUGACGUUUUAUGCACAGUACUCCCAUCUGGUAUUUCCGACCAUGAAGCUAUUCUUGCUAAAAUGCCAUAUAAUACUGUAUCAUCUUCAUCUCAUUAUAUGGGAAGAAUUUUCAGCAGGAGAAAUUUCAAUGCUUUUUCUGCUGCUACAGCUUCGGUAAAUUGGAAUGCACUUGAAACGGCUUCUGACCCACUUACUUUAUUUUUUCAAGUUCUGUGUGAUAAGAUCAAUCAGUGCUUUCCUAAAAUGAGGCUUAAAACUAAGAAACGAAAACCAUGGGUUACAAGAGGCCUUAGAAUUUCUGCUAAAAACCUCCGUUUUUUGACUAAAUUGUGCAAAUAUACCACAAAUGAAAAUAUCCUUGUAUAUCAUCAGAAAUACCGUAGUCUGUACAGAAAGACAAUUAAAGCAGCAAAAUCUAAUUAUUAUAGGGAUCGCUUAAAUAUGUCAUCAAAUAGGCAAAGAGAGUGUUGGUCGAUUAUUAAUGAUUUUAGACAUUGCCAUAGAAAAGUAUCGGAACCGGAGUUAAGACCUGACCCUCUGAUGAAAACCCUCAUGCUAAAUUUAACCGUGGCUACCAACAAAAAUUCUCUGUAAAUGUUUGGGCAGGCAUUGUAGGGGAGAACUUGAUUGGUCCGUACAUUUUGCCAAGACGUCUCAUUGCAGGGAAUUAUUUGUGAACUUUUAGAAGAUGUGCCAUUGGAUGUUCGGCAAAUAAUGUGGCUUCAACAUGAUGGUUGUCCGGCACACUAUGGUCGCGUUGUCAGGGAAUAUUUGAACCAAAGAUAUCCUAGACGUUGAAUUGGGAGGGGAGGCCCAGUGGCUUGGCCAGCGCGCUCCCCCGAUUUAAAUCCCUGUGAUCUUUAUUUGUGGGGUCAUUUGGACCAACUCAUUUAUUCUACACCUGUGCCAGAUGAACAUGAUCUUUUGACUCGCAUUGCAGUAGCUGCAGGCGAAAUUAAAGAUAGGGGUGAAGUUAUUCAGAAAAUUCACGACAAUUUAACAUUACGCUGCCGGCUCUGUAUCCAACAAAAUGGCGGCCACUUUGAGCACCUUUUAAAUUAAUUAUUAAUUAUUAUUAUUUAUUAUUUAGUAUUUUUUAACGUUAUCCAAUAAUUUUUUUUCCUUAGUUUUUAUUAAAGUUAUUCAUUUUUAAAUUCUGAUAAAAUGGUGCCUUUUGGGAAAAAGAUGCAGGAUACCUUUUUUUAAAUAAACCAAGGAUUCUUAAAAUUUUUGAUUAUCAGUGGCGUACUAUUUUUUUUUAUUAAACAAUUACUCUAAUGCCUAUCUGAUCUACGCCACUGGUUGAAACUAAAACAUUUACUUUUUACAUUUAAAGCAUCGUUAUUAGGUAGCUUUAUUGAGAAAAUUUGACACUGAUAUCUUAAACAGUAAAAAAACUAAAAAUUAAUUUCUUAAUUUUUUUAAAAACUUUAACCCCCUGUAUUUUGCUUCUGAGGCAUUUCCGACCCAUAGUGUCUUAUAUCAAAAGUUACAUUUGAACGUCCCC